UAUAUUUAGUCUUCAUUUUUUAUUUUCAUUCAUGGACAAAUCCCAGACAUAAAAAAAGGCAAAUGGUCAAAAGUUUAAUUCCCUUUUGUUUGACCCUUCACUAUGCACUGAUGCUACCAACUUUGUAUUCCUUAAAUCAGAAUAAUAAAUAUCUAAAAGCAAAAGAAAAAAUUCUGUGCUUUAAUUUCAUAACUGAAAUAUUUUUAACUCGAUGUUUUGUAAAUUUCUACCUACUUUUAGAUUGGAGUGAUAGAAUUCAACUACUUUCUGUAUGCACUGCAGGGAUAGUAAUUUUUACAUGGCUGCCCCAGCCCCACUUUUUUUUUUCAAAUUGGUACAUUUGGACACUUUGUAGAAGAGUAUCUAGGAUAGGUUCACUUUGCCCUUGGAAAAAUAAAAGGAUCAUGACUUGAUAAGUUAAACUGAAAAAACAGAAUACUUUCAUGUACUGCAGCAUUUUUCUCGUUUAAGGGUGAUUUCCCCCUGACACAGAGAACAGGAUGUUUAAGAUUCUGGCUUUAUCUGUCUUUGACACUACUUACUGUAGAGUGACAGGAAUAAACCAAAGACAUAGAUAGAUGAUUCAUGCAUAACAAAAACCUUCCAUAAACUGAGAUGAAAUUAUGAAAUUCAGAUGGGAUGGGAUGGGGUGCGGGUGAAGGGGGUUGAUGUCAAAGUACCUGUUGAUCCCAUCACCAUGAGAGUCUGGCCAAGGAGACAGUGAUGGAGUCUUCAGGGCAGUGUCUAGCCAGGGAAACAGUGAGGGAGUCUCCGGGCAGGGUCUGGCCAUGGAAACAGUGAGGGAGUCUCUGGGGCAGGGUCUAGCCAUGGAAACAGUGAGGGGGUCUCUGGGGCUAGGUCUAGCCAUGGAAACAGUGAGGGAGCCUCUGGGGCUAGGUCUAGCCAUGGAAACAGUGAGGGAGUCUCUGGGGCAGGGUCAAGCCAUGGAAACAGUGAGGGAGUCUCUGGGGCAGGGUCUAGCCAUGGAAACAGUGAGGGAGUCAUUGGGGCAGAGUCUGGCCAUGGAAACAGUGAGGGAGUCUCUGGGGCAGGGUCUAGCCAUGGAGACAGUGAGGGAGUCUCUGGGGCAGGGUCUGGCCAUGGAAACACCUUCACUGGUCUAAGCCUGAGAAAGUAUGCCUGUGCUAUAAACAGAAACAGCCUGUGGUUGAGGCAGAAGACAGUGGAAGAAGUUAGGUAACCCUGCUUACAUGUAUCCAUCACAGUUGCCAACACAGAGACAGUAAAAUAAAAUAAAUAGCCACUGAUGAGAAAAAAAUGAAGGGCUACUUAAGAGGACAGGAAGUAACCCAUGAAGAUAAAUAACACCUGAGGAGACUACACUAUUCUCCUAGUCUGAGACCAGCAGCUCAGCCGGGGCUGACAUGACUAAGCAGACCAGGACAUAAGGUAGCUGUACUCAUGUGACAGCCAAUCUAAAAAACAUCACAUGGGAAAAUUAUAAAAUAAUCAAAAACCAGGGACAGUUUAAGAGCUUCUGUUAAGAACUCUCUGUUUCACAUUUUUUCAAAGGGCUAAACAUGUGAAAUAAAUAUAUAAGGAUAACUCCUGUUUUGUUGAUUUUUGUCCUGAAAAAUUUCCUUAUACAUAUCAUUUCAAUUUUAAAAGUCUCGGUUUACAUGCAAAAGCAAAAUGCAUUCAGAUAUUAAAAUCCAGUUCUAUUGCAUAAGUAAGAAACAUUUCAGCCACUGGGCAAGAAGACCUAUAUAAGCAUAUAUAUUUGAUAUAUGACAAAGCUUGACACAAGUGUCAUAUGAAGUCUUAGUGGUUUGUUCUUUAUCUCUGCCCCACAUAUGGUGACCAUUUGACUGGACUUCAGGACAUGCUAUCAAAUAUGAGAUGAGGGACUGACCACUGGUGAUUAUUUCCCCCUUCUCUUCCACUUCCGCAGGUAUCAUUACCCGCCCGGAAUGUGAAAGACUUCUUUUAUUAUCUCCUGUUGCUUUUUAACCUAUUUCUUGGGUGAUGAGUGAAGAAGUGCAAAAUGGGAUCCUUUUUAUCCCUGCCUGGCUCAAAGCUGCACCUCAUGCCCCCAGAACGCUGGCUGGCAGUGCAUGUGUGGCUACUCAUUCUCCUGUGGCCUGUCUACAAUAGAUCAAAUCAAAACUGGAAUGCAUAUCAAGUCAAUGUGUUUUUA